UUUGUUGUGGCACGUCGGUUUUGUUGUCUUUCUCUCUGUGUUCUCGAUUUGUUCCAGUUCGAGUCGCCUCCGUUAGAUCUCAUUCCUCUCUCUCCUCCCUGAUCCACUCUUCUGGGGAUCGAUCACUAGAUCGUUAAGUUUCGGCCUCCUCUUCUUCGAAUUACUAUCCUCGAUCCGCCGAGAUGGCCUACGGCGAUCGCUUGACCACUUUCGAGGACUCCGAGAAGGAGAGCGAGUAUGGAUACGUCCGAAAGGUUUCUGGACCAGUGGUUGUGGCUGAUGGUAUGGCUGGUGCUGCCAUGUAUGAACUUGUUCGUGUUGGUCAUGAUAAUCUUAUUGGUGAGAUUAUUCGUUUAGAGGGUGAUUCAGCUACUAUCCAGGUUUAUGAAGAAACUGCUGGUUUGAUGGUUAAUGACCCAGUUUUGCGUACUAGAAAGCCUCUCUCAGUUGAGUUAGGACCUGGAAUCUUGGGAAACAUUUUUGAUGGAAUUCAGAGACCACUAAAAACUAUUGCUAUAAAAUCCGGUGAUGUCUAUAUCCCUCGAGGAGUUUCUGUCCCUGCUCUGGACAAAGAUUUAUUGUGGGAAUUCGAACCUGGGAAAUUAGGUGUUGGAGAUCAUCUGACUGGAGGAGAUUUAUAUGCCAUUGUCUUUGAGAAUACGUUAAUGAAGCAUCAUGUUGCUCUUCCUCCUGGUUCAAUGGGAAAAAUAAGUUAUAUUGCCCCGGCUGGUCAAUACAAUCUGAACGAUAUAGUUCUGGAGCUGGAGUUUCAGGGGGUUAAAAAGGAAUUCUCUAUGCUUCAGACUUGGCCUGUACGUACUCCAAGGCCAGUUGCAGCAAAGCUUGCUGCUGAUACACCUCUAUUAACUGGACAGCGUGUACUAGAUGCUCUUUUUCCUUCUGUUCUUGGAGGCACAUGUGCUAUACCUGGUGCCUUUGGUUGUGGAAAAACAGUCAUCAGCCAAGCACUCUCGAAGUACUCUAAUUCUGACACAGUAGUUUAUGUUGGCUGUGGAGAGAGAGGGAAUGAAAUGGCUGAGGUGCUUAUGGAUUUCCCACAACUAACAAUGACAUUACCAGAUGGUCGUGAAGAGUCUGUGAUGAAGAGGACUACACUUGUAGCAAACACUUCCAAUAUGCCUGUUGCUGCUCGUGAAGCCUCCAUAUAUACAGGCAUCACAAUAGCAGAAUAUUUCCGAGAUAUGGGCUACAAUGUUAGUAUGAUGGCUGAUUCCACUUCUCGUUGGGCAGAAGCUUUACGUGAAAUUUCGGGACGACUGGCUGAGAUGCCAGCAGACAGUGGUUAUCCUGCCUAUCUUGCUGCACGUUUAGCUUCCUUCUAUGAACGUGCUGGUAAAGUGAAAUGUCUGGGUGGACCUGACAGGACUGGAAGUGUCACAAUCGUUGGUGCUGUUUCCCCUCCAGGCGGUGACUUCUCUGAUCCUGUUACAUCUGCUACACUUGGUAUUGUUCAGGUAUUUUGGGGUCUAGAUAAGAAACUUGCCCAGAGGAAGCAUUUUCCAUCAGUGAAUUGGCUGAUUUCAUAUUCCAAGUACUCAAAGGCCUUGGAGUCUUUCUAUGAGAAAUUUGAUCAAGAUUUUAUUGACAUUAGGACGAAGGCUCGUGAGGUCCUACAGAGAGAAGAUGAUCUGAAUGAAAUUGUGCAGCUUGUUGGUAAAGAUGCAUUAGCAGAAACGGAUAAGAUUACCUUGGAGACUGCUAAGCUUCUACGUGAAGAUUAUCUUGCCCAGAAUGCAUUUACUCCAUAUGACAAGUUCUGCCCAUUCUACAAAUCAGUUUGGAUGAUGCGUAACAUUAUUCACUUCAACACUUUGGCGAAUCAGGCCGUCGAGAGAGGAGCAGGUUCUGAUGGUCAAAAGAUCACUUACAGCAUCAUCAAGCAUCGAUUGGGUGACCUCUUCUAUCGAUUAGUGUCCCAAAAGUUUGAAGACCCUGCCGAAGGUGAGGAAGCUCUUGUUAUAAAGUUUAAGAAAUUGUACGAUGACCUCAGCAUCGGAUUCCGCAACCUCGAAGACGAAAUGCGAUGAUCAAUUUCACAUGCCAUUGAUGCUACUAGUAUUUCAGAAGAUAGGUAGCCGUAUCAAGACACCCUGUUGCUCUUGUUCGUCCUUUUGAAAAUUUUGCAUGUCCUUGAACAUGCCGUUUUCUUCUGUUAAUACGUGCAAAUUUGUGCUAUUCAUAAGGGAAGAAACCCUAAUUUCUUGAAGUGUUGUAAUAAAUCAAACACCGUGGUUUUACCCAUUUUUGUGUCAUAAAUAGUUUGUUUGAGUGCAUGGGAGUGUUAAUUUUCUUGAAUAAAGGAUGUAUAGUAACUUGAGUAGUGUAUUGCUUCA